AUGGCUUCUUCUCUGCUUGCAAAGCUUCUUCUCCUCCUCACCACACUUGUAACCAUGUCAGUAAUCUCUAUAGCCAACGAAGAACUAAUGAUGCAACAAUGCCACAACUCCGACAAUCCCACCUUAUGUCUUCGUUGCGUGAGCUCCGACCCUAAUUCCCAAGAAGCCGACCAAGUGGGUCUAGCACGAAUCAUACUUAGAUGCAUCAGCUCUCACCUCCUCACUCUCACCAACAACACUUCCGGUUUAGCCUCAAAGCACCACCGGAAUCCCAAGGCUAAAACAGCGUUGAAACAGUGCGUUUCGGGUUACGCAAUGGCUAAGCAUGGCGUGAGAAAAGCCGAUGCUCACUUGAUAGCCGGAGAGUACGACAAGGCUGCGUAUGACGUCAGCAUGACGAUGGUGGCUCCUCCGGUCUCGUGCCGUGACAGUCUUGUGACACUCAACAUCGAUUUGCCUUCUGGUUUCCGUUACCAUACGGAGGUUUACUUGGCGUUGACUCAAGCUCUGCUUAGGAUCAUUGAUCGUUUCUAA